CUCCUCCAGUCCUGGUCCCACUCGGGAAUGGGGCAAGCGGCCGCUGGGAGGAGCCGUUUUUGGGGUGUCCAAAGCAUUUUUGGGACGGCCAAAAAUUUGGGGAGUCUGAGUCAGCGCUGUUCGUCCUCAGCAAGCUGGGAUCCUCCUCCUUUGUACCCCCUGGGGGUCGCAGGGCUCGGGGACCGCGGUGCCCGAGGGACAACCCGGGUGUGCCCAAAUCUGCGCGGUUCCCCGGGGAGUUUAAUCCAGCCCCCCAAAUCCGCGGGGCAGUGGCGGUUCGGGGUCGGGGCCGAGCCGGGCUCGGAGGCAGCGGCGCUGUCAGCACGGAGGCAGCGCAGGGAGCCGAGGCCCGGGUGCCCCCGGUGCCUCCGGUGCCCGCCCGGCAGUGACGCGCGGCCUCGCAGGGCGGAGCCUCCGCCCGCCGCUCCCGCCAUCACCAAACUUUGCUGCUCCGCCGCCGCCGCCGCUUUCCCGGCACAUGGCACCGCCAGCGCGGCGCUGAGCCCCGCCAGCACCCCCGGCCGGGGCACCGCCACCGCCACCGCCACCGCGGGGCUCCCGGGAGGACGGGGCAGAGCGGCGAGCGCCGGCCGGAGGCGGCGGGACCGGCGCCCAUGUGCCCGCGGCCGCGGCGGGGCGAUGCCGCCGCCAUGGGCGCGGCGCGGCCCGGGAAGGCCGAGCCGGGGCGGGCGGAGCGGGCCCGGCCGGCGCUGCCGCUGACCCUCAGCGUGCUGGCCUGGCUGGGCACCGGCACCACCAUGGCCGGCCUCAACAAGUGGAUCUUCGCGGCGCACGGCUUCCGCUACCCGCUGCUGCUCUCGGCGCUGCACAUGCUGUCCGGCGUGGCCGUGGGGUACCCGCUGGGCUGGGCACGGGCACCGGGGCCGCGGCCCCGCGCCAGGAUCUACCUGCUCAGCCUCACCUUCUGCUCCAGCGUGGCCCUGGGCAACCUGGGCCUGAGCUACGUGCAGCUGGACGUGGCCCAGGCCGUGGCCACCACCACGCCGCUGGUGACGCUGGUGCUGGGGCUGCUGGCGGGCCGGCGGCCGCACCCGCUGCAGUUCUGGGCCAUGGGGCCGGUGUGUGCCGGGGCCGCCUGCAGCAUCGCCGGCGGCCUCUGCUUCUCCCAGCCCGGCUGCGGCUUCCUCCUGGCCGCCACCGUGCUCCGCGCCCUCAAGUCCAUCCAGCAGAGUGUGCUGCUCCAGGAGGACCGUCUGGACGCGCUGUCCCUGCUCGGCCUGACGUCCCUGCCCAGCUUCGUGCUGCUGUUCGGGGCGGCCGUGGCGCUGGAGCUGGGCCCCUCGUGGCAGGGCGUGCUUCGGCCCGACGCCGCGCUCUGGGGCUGCGUCCUGCUCAGCUGCCUGGGCUCCGUCCUCUACAACCUGGCCACCUCCUGCCUCCUGUCCCUCACCUCGGCGCUCACGCUGCACCUCCUGGGCAGCCUCACCGUGGUGGGCAACCUGCUGCUGUCGUGGCUGCUGUUCGGCACGCGGCUGGGCGCGCUGGGCUACGCCGGCGUGGCGCUGACGCUGGCGGGGAUGGUGCUGUACCACCAGCCCCGGCUGCUGCCCGCCUGCUGGGGCCCGCGGCGGCACCCGCGCCACGAGUAGGGACCGGGGGGUCGGGGCCAGGGGGCUCUGGGGGAGCGCUGUGCACGCGUGUGCCAGGGUUGUGCCAGGGUGUGAGACUCUGUGCACAUGUACCAGUGUGUGUGUGACUCUGUGCACGUGUGUGCCAGGGUUGUGCCAGGGUGUGUGACUCUGUCCACGUGUGUGCCAGGGUGUGAGACUCUGUGCAUGUGUGUGCCAGGGUGUGUG